AGCUACGCAGCUUCAGCUUACGGAGCUGUCGUCACUCCAGUCUGGGUACCAGGUCUCCGCUGCCCUGCGCGGCGGGCUGGCAUCGGGACGGGGAAGCUGAGCAGAACUAUUAGCCUCCUGGACUUCAGGUGCAAGGGCUGCAGGAUUUCAGAAAAAGCAGCUGAGCAACUAAGAGGGAUGGGAAAUCAAGGAGCUACCCGAAAAGAAUGAACCUUUGGAUCUGGGGAGGGCUUUGGGGGCAGGAGUCUUGGGUCUUGGGCCCCUGGAGCCAGUCCGGACUUGGGUGCCCAAGGUCCCUCUGCAGCAGCGGCUUCCGCUCCCGCUCCCCUCCCCCCACACCUGCCUCUCUGCAGGUCCGCGGGUCCAAGUGUGGCGGCGGUGGCGCAACAGGGGGAGAAUCAACUGGGAGAAAAGGAAACUUCAAAGAUACGCCCAGAAACAACCAGGAAAAUCUCAUCAUGGCACAUCUUCAUCAGGGAAACGAAGAAAUGGAGCAGCCCCUGCACAAUGGAGAGGAAGACCGCCCUAUAGGAAGGGGCGAGGGUCACCAGCCAGCAGGAAAUCAUAGAAGGGGACAGGUUCAACGACGUGCCCCUAAUUUCCGAUGGGCCAUGCCUAAUAGGCAGGUCAAUGAUGGGAUGGGUGGAGAUGGAGAUGACAUGGAAAUGUUCAUGGAGGAGAUGAGAGAAAUCAGAAGAAAACUUAGAGAGUUGCAGUUGAGGAACUGUCUGCGAAUCCUUAUGGGAGAGCUUUCUAAUCACCAUGACCAUCAUGAUGAAUUUUGCCUUAUGCCUUGACUCCUACUGUUUACUAUGAUGUUAAUAAUGUGGUCUCCAGUGUUAUUUGCUUUUUCCUUGCAUCUUUGUGAUAUGCCUUUACUGAUCAUUUUGCUGUGAAUAUUGUAAUUUCCUCGUGUCAAGUGGGUUGUGUUGCCAACUUCUAACUGAAGAUUAGUUUUUGCAGCUAGUCUGUUUCUAUCAACCGUUGUUUCACCCAUUUGCAUGGAAAACUGUAAAUUUAAUAAAGCUAUUAAAACGCA